AUUCCCAUGAGAGGGAAGACAAGAACUUUCUUCACGUCUCCUCCGAAAAGCUGCACUCCCGACUGUGCAGCAUUUCCUCCAUAAUGCAAGAGUUGGGAGUGUUUGCUAAAAUUUGCGCGCUUGGGCCAACAGGGAGUGAACCAGUAGCCGAAUGAACUGUCGUCUCGAUUUACUCCAAUAACACGUGCGUGGGGUAAUGCAAACAUUCAAGUAAUUUUGAAAUUCCGUUCAUUCUUUCUGCAAUAAAAGAAAAUGUGGGAAAUUGUUUUCUCUGUAAAUGCAGGGAGUAUUACUUAUGGAGGAAAACAUUCUGGCAGGGUACACAUAAGUUCAAACGUUUAAAUUAGAGAAAUCCCUCUCGCAGGAACUCACGGGUGGACGUUGCAAUUAUUGUGAAGAUACAAGUGACUUGCAGAUGCUGGAAUCUGCUUGUUGCAAAUUAUUGUGUUCCACAGAAUGUUAUUUUCAUAUGAUGCUCUUCUUUCCAAAGUUAUGCAUAGAAGCAAGCUGAGCCGGAAAUGAUUAUUCAUGAGGGAAAAAAAAGUCCCAGGAUCUGCCCACGAACUUCUUCGAAAGGGAUCCAUUAACUGGGCAGAGGCGGCCGGAGAAGGUGCGGGCGGAUCGAGCCCUCGCUCCAGCCCGUUAGAAAGUUUUGCUCUUUUGCCAUUCCGGUUAUCUUCCCAACUGUGAGCCAGAGGAAGAGCGUCACCGGGCGGGGCUGCUCAGUCGCAGCUUGUGCACUUGGGUGUAAAUCCGAGUGAGAGAGGAACUGCAGGGGACGCGAACCAGCGACCUUCCAAUUCGAUGCGCCUUCGAUUAUCUAGGAUUGAUACACAAGGCAUUUCAAAGGGCGUCUGACAAUUUCCCCAUCUCACACAUGGAUAGGAGCAAAGAUUCUACCACGCACCUCCACACUAGGGGCAAUUUACAGUGGUCAAUUAACCUACCAACCUGCACUGCUUUGGGAUGUUGGAGGAAACCAGAGAACUCAGAGGAAACCCAUGCGGUCACAGGGAGAACGUGCAAACUCCACACAUACGGCAUCCGAGCACUGGAUCAGCUCCUCACAGAACUCGAGACCUUUUUAAAAUUGCUGGAUAAUGAAAACCUCAGCCUCACAGCCUUAGCAAAAAAAUGUGUCUUAUCAGAGCUCCUUCACAACAUCGUCAGUUCUUCAGCUGGCGAAGAAGAGUAUAUCUACAUGAACAAGGUUCUACUAGAAGAAACAACUGCAGCUGAGAAGAAGGCAUCAGAGAAAGGCCCAGAUCGUGGUAAUAUACCCAAUGGAAUAGAUUUAGGAAAGAUCACACCUGCACCUCAGAAGAGUUUGCCUGAGCUCCCACCUGCAAAAGUUAUACCAGAGAGAGAGCCAUUCCCUUUGUGCCGAACUGAACCUGUUGAAGGCUUCUAUGAGGAGGCUGAACCAUAUGACACUGUUAAUAUUGAUGAGGCUGAAGCGGUUAGUAGCUCCUAUGAGUCCUAUGAUGAGGAAGAGAACACCAAAGGGAAAUCAAUGACUCAUCAGUGGCCUUCUCCAGAGGCCUCCAUUGAGCUGAUGAAAGAUGCCCGGAUCUGUGCUUUCCUCUGGCGAAAGAAGUGGCUGGGACAGUGGGCCAAACAACUGUGUGUCAUAAAGGAAUGCAAGCUUCUGUGUUACAAAAGUUCAAAGGAUCAGAAUCCUCAACUGGAUGUCAGUCUGAUUGGAUGCAGCAUUGUAUAUAAAGAGAAACAAGUCAAAAAGAAAGAACAUACUUUGAAGAUCACACCAGUCAAUUCAGAUGUAAUUGUGCUGGGUCUCCAAAGCAAGGAACAGGCAGAUCAGUGGUUAAAGGUGAUUCAAGAAAUCAGCAACAUUCAAGGCGAAACCUUUCCUGAUGGAAAUCUUGUAGCCGCUGAGCAUUCCCGCAGUCAUGGCCAAAGGCUGGAUUCUUCAGAACGGUGUUCAGGGGCAUCAGAGAGUGGGAACAGUACCGACGGUGGAUCUGUCCAUGAUGUUAUUGAGACCAAGGAUGUGAAAAAGAAAUCGAGCAUUGGGGAUCUCAAAACUGCAGGUCUGAAGCUGAGUAGUUUUAUGAAUCUUGGGAAAAAGAAACCCAUAUCAGUGGAGAUUCCUAUUAAUAAUAAGAAAAACGUUGAAGCGUCAGGGUAUUUGAAUGUGUUUAUGAACAGCCAGUGGCGCACACGUUGGUGUCAAGUUAAAAAUGGACUUAUUUAUUUCUACCAAGACAAAAGCAAAAACAAAGCAGUUCAACAUCCUCUGAACCUGGAAGGCUGUGAGGUUAUUCCUGACUCUACUCCAGAGCAUUUAUAUUCUUUCCGCAUUCUACAAGAUGGCGAGGAAAUAGCUUCUCUGGAGGCUAAGUCUUCAGAAGAGAUGGGUUACUGGCUGGGCCUUCUGCUGGCAGAAUCAGGAUCCAAGACUGACCCUGAAGAGUUUGCUUAUGACUAUGUAGAUGCUGACCGUGUGUCUUGUAUAGUGCAUGCAGCUAAACAUUCUUUAUAUUUACUACAGCGGAGAUACUCAGAACCAAACACAUACAUAGAUGAUUUGCCUGUGGUACAGAACCAACCAGAAGACUUAUAUGAUGACGUGGAUGUACCUGAAUCUGUGGAAGAUAAAACUAAUGAGGAUCAAUGCCAUGGGGAAGAUCAAACAAGAGUUUAUUUGGACCUUACUCCUGUAAAGUCAUUCCUCCAUUCAAGUAACAACAAGGUACUCUCUAGUGUGCAAUUAAAUGCAUCAAACCAGGACAAUGAAAAGGGAGCUUCGUAUCUUUCCCAAGUAAAUGACAAGGACUCGGCUAGUGAUUCUGAUUCUGGGGUCAUCGCCAAGCCCACCGAGAGUAAUGUUAAGAUAUCUCAAGUGAAAGCAGAUUUUGAAGAGAGAGCCUCAAAUACUGGCGGCAAGCCUCCCACCAGUCAGAAGGUAGUGACACCCUGGGGCGAUCAGAGCAAGAACCCCACACAAGCAACGAGUCAACAAGCAAAGCCAGUCACAGAGUGUGUUGAAAAGCAGAAGCUGGGUGCAACAGUAUCAAUGGAGACCAAAUUUGGAAAGAAUCGAACUGAGGCAGAUCUUAAAAAAUACCUUGAAGAGAAGGAAAAUCUGGAGAAGGAGAAAGAGCAGCUUCGGAAUGAACUGAUGUUGCUGAGGAAACAGAAGAGGGAGGUGAAGGAUGUAAUAGCAGUUUGCAAAGAUAAGCAGGUGCUUUGCACUCAGGAGGAAAGGCUACGACAGAUUGAAGAAGAAUGCAAGUCAAAGGAGAACAGUAGGGUGGACUUGGAACUGAAACUGGUAUCGGUGAAGGAAAGCUUGAAGAAAGCUGAGUUAGGACCGGUGACAUUGGGAACCACUGUGGAUACCAGUCAUUUUGACAAUCUAAGCUCAAACGCUAAGCCAGCCACUGUGACCAACACUCCUGACAACUCGCCCGUGAACUCUGCUGCAACAUUAAAGAAUAGACCUUUAUCGAUUAUGCAAUCUGGAAAAGGGACUGUCCUACAAAAAGCAAAGGAAUGGGAAAAGAAAGCUACCAGCUAGAAAAUAAUUUGGAGUAGGAUGGACUAUAAUAGCAAAAAACUGUAGCCUUUGGAGCAGAGAGAUAUUUUUUGUUCAUCUAUUCAUGGAAGGCAGUUAUAGAAAGCCACUACUACUUGGCACACUUCUUCAUAAAAGAAAACUUCCACUGCCCAAUCAUCAACAGGAACUCACAUACUAACAUCGUGGACCAUUACUACAAAGCAUCUGAAGAUUUUCAAGGUUCUUUAUUUCACCUUUGAAAGUUGUAUGCUUCAGAAAACUGAGGACAACUUCCAACAGAGCUUACUGAUAAGCAAAUAAAUACUGUCUUAAGUCAUUCCAUGCAGCAAUGGAUUUUUCUUUUGGUGCUUACAGGUUGUACGACAUAAUGAGCAUUUGUCUUGCAAGUUAAAAUUCCCUGUUUAUUAAGAUAUUAUUACAUGUAGAUACCAUGAAAAAGGUGACUGUUGAGUAACAUGAAAGAUGGUGACGAGAGCAUCCCAUGCUAUUUCUGAGUAUUAUUCGGUACAAUGGUGUAAUGGUUAUGUCAUUUGAUUGAAAGGCCUGGACUGAUUGUUUGGACAAAUGAGUUCAGAUCCUCCCAGGAUGCGCUGAGAAAUUAAUUCAACUAAUUAAUCAGUUGUAGAGGCCGUGAAACAGGUUGAUUUUUUUUCUUAAAAGGGAGCUCGUCCAUUAACAUCCUUUAGGGAAGGAAAUGUGUCAACCUUACCUCACUCAUGUGUAACUUUACAACCACAUAGCAAUGCUAACCUGCCUCAUGAAAUGGCCUAAAAAGGCAUAUGGUUUGCGGGAAAUUAGGUUUGUGUAAUGAAUGCUGACCUCGCUGGUGCCUUUCAUAUCCAGUAAGUUAAAGAAAAGAAAUUAAGAAUAAUUUAGGACUCAGAUAUCAAACUUGUGCUUCAGUCCCAAUCUUCUUUGAUUUUCUAAGUAAGCUGCCUGCAAUUCCUGAAGAUUGCAAAGCUGUCAGGUACAGCUCUGUGAAGUGCAUCAUGGCAUGUAAGAGUAGGUUAAGUUAGCCAUGCCUCCUAUUAAGUGGUUGACAACAAGAGUAACAUAGGAGUCAGUGGCAGAGAGCUUAUCAUUUUCCAAAGAUUAAAUUGAACAUUUUAUUGGAGGCUUUCAGCGUGCGCAGUGAGUAGAACAGGCAAAAGUUUUCUUUAACAAGAAAAUUUCACUAAGGCCAGCCAAAAUUAAUUAAAAUAGCAUCUUAACAAAAAAAAUUAAAAAGCUUCCAUUUCCUGCCAUCUUUAAUACUCCUCAGCCAACUAGAUUUCCAGUAAAACUGUCUCUCAUCAACUCCAUUUAUAACCAGAAAUUUCUGGCAUGCAGUCCUGAAAUUCCUGAUGACAUGGCACCUUUUAAGAAAAUGAUUUUUCUUUCUCUUUUGCAACAUUGUAAAUACAUUUACUUACCUGUGAACAGUUACAAAAGCACGUUUGUUAUAUACCAGCAACGGAAAUAUGAAGGGAGAAUUACUUAUGUCAGAUUUAUUGAAAUAAAUAAUA